UAACGUUAGAACUUAAGAUACACAGAUUCAAGUUCCCUUCAGCAGCGGGCUUUUAAGUUUUAAAAGCAGCGUGAAGAAAAUACUACUCAUUUUCUAUAAUGACUUAAGGAACUUGUUGAAUGUGGCAGAAGGUGACUGAGGGGAAAACAGAACCUCGGGAACAGACGGCUGCAAAGCAGCGCGUGGACGUGUGGGAAGGAUAAGCCGAGAAGGAGGGAAGCGAGGAGCAGGGAAGGCGGGUGGGGCUUCUCGUGUGUUUGCGCGAGCCAUCAGCGCGAGCGCGGCAGUCUGGACUCCGCGUGCGCCUCCCAGCUUCGGUCAGCGCUGCGAGCGCGAAAGUGCGCGCGCCCCAGGGAACUCUUUCUCUUUUCGUUGCUCCUGCAAAAAUCCACUCCUUGUGUUUUCACUAGUACUUCUUCUUAAAGUAGUUAUUACCUGCGGUGUUCGGUGAUUCCACGAGGUUUUUUUUUUUUAGACCGAGUUAAAAGAAAACAAACAACAACAAAAAGGAAAAAAAAAAAACAGAAAGUGGAACAACUUGACUGAGGAGUUUCUCUACAAUCCUGCUGUGCUUCAUUUUUUUUUUAAGUUAACAAGAACUUGCAUACUUUUUGGGUUUUAAACUUUUUCCAUUCGAAGUUUAACCAGAUUUUACUAGUUAGCUGCCACUGAAGGAUACUCACUAUUUUGAAAUACAUAAAUAUUGCCUCAGUUUCGCUAGAUAGCGAGGAGCGAGCGGAGACGCCUCGAUACAGAUAUGCUGUUUGGGUGGGUUGAUGACUCUAAAAUCACCCUAGUGUGAUCGAGAGAGUGUGUUCCACUGAUGUACGGAUGAGUGACCCAUUUUACCAUGUUGAUACAUGUGGCUGGGAUCUUCAUCCUUCAUGUUACCACCGUCAUUCUCCUCCUUGUUGCCACAAUUAACAACGCAUGGUGGUUGACAGACACAUUGUCAGCAGAUGUAUGGGGUCGGUGGGAGAUGGUUGGCAGGGGCUGGACCUACAAUGAAAUCCCCAGCACUUACAAUGAAGAUUACCUCCAGGUGGUGCAGGCCACCGCAGUACUGGCCUGUAUCUUCUGCAUCCUGGGCUUGUUCAUUUAUGUGGCUCAGCUCUUCAUGCUCAGCAAGGGCGAGAAGUUCACGUUCUCUGGCAUCUUCCAGCUCAUCUCCUGCUUGUGUAUAAUGAUUGCUGCCUCCAUCUACACGAGCGUAUUCCACAAUGGUGAAGACGGCUGGUAUGGGUCUUCUUUUGUGCUCGCUUGGAUCUCCUUUGUCCUCACUCUGAUCUCCAGCAUCAUCUACUUCUUUCUGCGCAAGAAAACUGAUUAAGGAACCAAAGAAGGAGAUGGGGAACACAAGUGGUAGGAGAAAUGCCUGGAUGUUUCUUAUGAAGAAAUUAGCAGAGGGAAUUAAGAGAGGAUUUUCUGUUUUUCAACUUAUUUUCUGACUAGUGUAUUGCUUUCAUUUCUACCCUUUUAACCAUUUAUCAGUACUACUAUGACACUAAGGACAAAUAACAAAACAUAUUAGAAUGAAAGAAGAAUAAGGCAAAUUCCAUAUCGGUUCCAUUGUUCUUUUUCAUUGGCCCAGGGGAAAACAUUCUUUCCUCUUUAGUGACCGAGUUUAAGAAGCAAUUGGGGAAUUAAUAGAGAAAGAAGAGUGGGAUGUGAGGUAGACAGCGAUUAUUAACUGGAGGUGAUAGAGGACUCUGUUGCGAGAAGCAGAAUAUGAAGAGAGCAAAAUAAAGUGGGUUUGAGCUAAAUCAAAUUGAGAGAAGACUUUUUAUGUAUUAGCAAUUUUUAAGGCCUGUAAUUUGAUCCUUUAGCAGGUAUGGCAGCUAGAGAAGUAUGCUUUAGGAGCUCGAUGAAGCCUGCUUAAUGGAGAGGCUGUUUUUGAACCUGGGCCAACAUUCAGUGGAUCAGUGAACCCUAACUCUCACCCAGUGCUUCUCCAGAUGAACGUGAAGAUGCUUUGACUGUGGGUUGUGAAGGAGCAUUAUCUUUUUUUUAUUGAAGGUCAUUCAGAGGAAUGAUCAGUGCAGCUACAUUUGGGCUGUAGAAUUUCACUCAAAUUGGUUAAGCUGUUUUAUCUUUGUAAAACAAGACAGCUCAGUUCUAUCAGUACAGUACCAGUGUUGUAGAUUUUUACCACCAUCAACUCAGGUACCACUAAGCUGUGACUGUUUAUCUUAUUUUGUACUAAUAUGCCUGUAUUUCUCUGAGAUACUGAGAUAAAUAUAUCCAGGUACAGCUUUGACACCUAUAUAUAUGAUAUGUGUCCAUUGUUGGCAAUUCAUUAACAAGCUCUAAUUUUGCUACUAU